GGAGACGCGGGGGACGGUGUUGCGGGGCGGACCUCCCCCUGCCCUUGAAGCUGGGCGCUCCUCGAGCGGCGACGCUGCUGCUGCUGGGUCUGCGCGCCCUUGUCCCUGGCCUCCGCCAUGCCGCCGACGCUGCACCUCUGGCUGCCGGACGAGGCUCUGUCGAUGCCGCCCCCGCGGCUGUUCAACAGGGGCUCGGUCUACAUGGGCUUCCUGGGCUGGAUCAGCGUCUUGCUGGAGAACGCCAUCAACCAGAGGCCCGUCCUGAGAACGGGAGUCCAUCGCCAAGUCCUGGUCACAUCUAUUGGCUUCUAUAUAGGCUAUUACCUCUGUAAGCGAGCCAAUUACAAAUAUGCUGUAAAGGAUAGAGAACUUUCAGAAUACAUAAGGCAGCAUCCCGAGGACUUUCUGGAAAAAGAAUGUAAGUCGGAGUUUACUCAGUGA